AGUUCAGUAUAAAAGCCAAAGGCAGAGGAGAGAAAUAAUUUUCCUUCAAAGUUGUAGCAGCUGGAAGUCUUAUUUGGAGUUAACGGACCCGCAGGCCGCUGCGUAAAGGUGGUGCGUGCUUAACGGGAGGCGUAAAGUUUGACCAUAGGCAGAGAUAAGAGAACCAAAGAAAACUCGAGUGCAAAGUUCAACUUACUUUACAAACAAAGAACUUUUGCGAGUCGAAAGUCGGCUGAAAAUGGCAGAAGGUGACUUUUACACGAUGGGAAACCGGCAGCGGUUUCCUAGAGACCCGUUUGGAGAAUCGCCGUUCCGGGAUCAGUCGCCGUUCCGGGAUCAGCUCGCAUCCCGGUUCAUGGAGGAUGAAUUCGGGAUGCCGCCUUUCCCCGACGACCUCGGGAUGGACUGGCCCGGUUGGGCUCGGCCCGGCCGGCUGAGCACGCGCCUCGGCCAGUCGCCCUUUGGCGGCGGUUUACGCGCAGGGUUCCCCACGCGUCACUCCACGGGAGGCCCCGCACUUUACACCAGCAGGUACGGCGAGCCGUCCCCAAGCAGCUCCCCCACGACCACAGGUGGCGAGCCCUGGAAGGUGUGCGUGAACGUCCACAGCUUCAAGCCAGAGGAGUUAAACGUUAAGACCAGAGACGGUUUUGUAGAGGUCUCAGGAAAACAUGAAGAAAAACAGGAGGAAGGCGGGAUUGUGACGAAGAAUUUCACAAAGAAGAUACAGAUCCCCACCGAUGUGGACCCCCUGACAGUCUUCGCUUCCUUGUCGCCUGAGGGUGUCCUUAUCAUCGAGGCUCGGCAGACUCCACCGUACUACCUCUUCAGCAGCGAAGACUCCCCAGGAGGGGAAAUUCAGGAAGUUGAGGCUCCUAAACCCCAAGAGGCCCCAGCAGUCUAAAAUGGCACCCCCCGACUAACAUGAUCACAUAAAUCUGCAUAAUCAGUUAUGAGUUUGAGAUAAAAACUGCUCACUGAACUAUCAUCUUAUUUAAACACUUAGAGAAGAAAAUCUGAAAUACAUUAGGGCAGGGAAUUCCCAUCGGAUGUCUGUGUUAACAGUACUUUCAUGCAACAAAAAUCUCUUCCUGACAGGCAUGUUAUAGUAAUACAUUGUGGGGGGGUUUCUUCCUCGAGUACAACUAAGACUAUCAAGUCAUACAACAUUUAUUUUCCAUAAGGAAAUAUUUAAUUGCAUCAU